AUGAUCCAGGGGUUCACCGGUUUCCACGGACCAAUAUACUGUUUCCUCGUAUCCAGCGGUACCCAGGGCGUCGUAUUUGAUCUCGGUAUCCGUACCGACUGGCGGAACUAUGCUCCAAAGGUUGUUUCAGUUAUUGAAGAAACAACGGUUAUCACAAUAGGCUCAGAUGUAGCCUCGACUAUCGAGCCCGAUGCCGGUGGCCUUAAUCUCCGGCGCGGGGACAUACAGGCAGUGAUAUGGUCACGUAAACACUUCGACCAUAUUGGUGACAUGUCUCUCUUUCCACCUACCACGGAGCUCAUAGUAGGACCUGGAGCCAGAGACAUAGUUCUCUCAGGCUGGCCGCAGAACCCAGACUCGUUUGUCUUGGAGAGUGAUACAGCUGGAAGAGUGGUUCGAGAGAUAUCCUUUGACAAUUGCCCGAGUAUUGGCCGAUUUAGAGCCAUGGAUUACUUUGACAAUGGAUCCUUCUAUUUGCUUGAUGCGCCUGGCCACGCUCAAGGACAUCUAUGUGCACUUGCACGUGCCACAGCUGACCCUCAUUCGCUCAUUAUCAUGGGCGCUGACGCUUGCCAUCAUCCGGGCGUACUUCGGUCAUCAUCAUAUCUGCCUCUGCCAGUUUCAGUUAAACAAGGUGAAGUUGGCCAACUGAUCAUAGAGCCUUGGUUAGAGAGCAUGCUCGUGCAAGAUGCCCUAUAG